ACUGUUAUGCGACUGAACAUGCCUUUAGUCGCGUUUUCUAAAUGAGAGUUGGAAGGAAAGUGGAUAGUAAACAAGGCCGUUUUUGGUUACCAAACCAAGCAACCUGCUUUGUCGUUUAUGAAUAUAUUUCGUGUUAAAGGCGGAUGACCUCGGUUGAAAGGAAGAUUUAGACGUACUCUCUCAAAAUGACGGAGAACUUUCUGCUUAACGCGUCUUUGAUGUAUGAAGACAAAUGUCCAGAGCUCUCAAGAUUCUUGCUCCAAAGACACAUAAAAAUGAAUUCAUUGAAAGGAGAGUCAUCCAGGCUGUUGCAAAGCACCGCAGUUUGUCCGUACUGCUAUCAGUGGCUGCGGCCUGACAAUCACCACAUGAGGUUGAAGCCGAAACGACUUCCAACUAUGAGGGAGCGAGGUCUACUGCAGAGAAAAGCCAGAGGCAAGCGACUCACGCCGAUACAAGAGCGUCUGCUACGCAACUACCAGAAGUCAUCAUCAGUUCUGAUGGCCACCUGCCACACCUGUAGUAAGACUUCCAGGCACAGAGGCAUGAGUCGGGAGUUCAUCACUGCUCUGACCAAGAACCCCUGCACCCCAGGUAGCGGCGGCAAACACCGGACGCCACAGUCAGGUCACCGACCCAGCAUGACCACACCGAAGACCCCCGGCAAAGAUAAAACACCUGUUCAUACGCCCAGGUCAUCCAGCUCGUCCAGCACUCCAGGGUCAGGCUCAUCUGCCACCAAGUGCCCCCCCAAAGGAAAAAACUGGGUCGUCCAGCGUCUCAGCAAGAUCCUCAUGCGAGAGAACAACCAGAGCAGCAAGAAGGGCAGCUUGAAAGAUUUCCUGUUUUCAAUUUGAGUGUCUUGGAAAUCACUUUUAGAUUCUCUCCUGAACAUCAAGGGCUGCACCCGUGGUGUAACUUGUUUACACAGAGAGGCAGAGGGGAACCUGAGAAAUCAACCUUGGUUUCUGGUUUCCUUGUGGACGGGGUGACAAAUGUGCCCACCAGCGCGAGAGCUGCUGGGCUGUUAGGAUCGGCUCGCCUGGAAUCCUAAAGUCAACAAGCUGGUAUAUGGUGGUGCUUGUUUCAGCAACUAUUGUAAGAUAAGAGUUUCUUCUUUGUCACGUCUGUCACAUCAACACAUCAGAAUUAUCUCCUCCAGUGGUGUUCAUACUAUCAUAAUCUGGCUACACAUUUAUAGUUCUUUAUAUGAUGGUUCAUAUACAGUACUUUCAAUAGUGGAUGUGAAUUCCAUUGCUGUACCCAUUCAUUUUCAAUCUUUUUGUAAUGUGUUGUUAUUGUUGCAGUCACAUCAAUAUAAAUGUGAGACUUUUUUUUGCUCUAGCUGCCCUCAAACUAGAGUUUUAUUUAUUUACUGAACUGCCUACCAUGUUGAAUUUUCUGCUAUUUGUCAUUUUCUUCUUUGUUGGUGGAAAAAGUAUUGAUGUUUCUAAAGAUUUUGUAUAUCAAUAUCACCCUAUAUGUCGUUCUUGUUUUGGAAAUGUACAGUUUGUGUUAUUCCUGAAAUACCUCAGAUUUGUACUUUAAUUAUUCCAUGAAAUAAAACCUUUAUUAUCGAUCUAUCUGUUUUCAUGAGCCAUGAUCUCUGCGUGUGUCUGUUUUAGUCUUAGCAAUGAAGAAUGUCGAAUAUUACUCCAGUGUAAAGUCAAUAAAAGUGGAAAUAAUUUAUGAGUAUGACAGUAGCAUGUCUUAAAUAUUUAAGUUGUAUUUUUCCUCAUAAUUCUUGUUAGUCUAAACAUUUCAAGUGUUCAAUUAGGUCAACCAGACAGCAGGUGGCAGUAGUGUUACUGACGCACGCAGGUGACGUGAGGAAGAGGCAGCCAAUGGGAAUGAAUGA